AAAAUGCCCCGAGUCGAUGACGAUAUUGUACUAUGCAUAUAUCUGUUGAUGGAAGAACAAAUUCUCCAUCAACAUUUAAUUUUCCUACUUCUAGCUUAUCAAAUCUUGGUUGGAAUGUCAUCACGUAAGCAAAAAAGGGGUUCUAACACAUUUGGCAUAAUCGAACGAAUCCCUGAUCAAGUAAGGCACAUGAAUAGGCUUGUCGGUGUUAACGAUGUAGAUUGUAUUGCAAAUCUACGCAUGGAUCGCGAUACAUUCGGCAGACUAUGUAUUUUGUUGCGCGAUUUAGGUGGAUUAUCAAACGGGAGGCAUAUUAUGGUAGAAGAACAAGUUGCAAUUUUUUUGUCCGUUCUAUCCCACCACAAGAAAAAUAGGGUCCUUGGGUUCGAUUUCUGGCGGUCUGGUGAGACUAUUUCUAGAUUUGUGCACCUGGUCCUAAAGGCAAUUCUGAAUUUGCACUCUGUUUUGCUCGUCAAACCCGUUCCCGUUCCAGCCGACUGUACGGAUAACAGGUGGAAAUGGUUCAAGGGUUGUUUGGGUGCUCUCGAUGGCACGUAUAUAAACUUGAUUGUGAGCAACGGUGACAAGCCGAGGUACCGAACUCGAAAGGGACAGAUAUCAACCAACACCCUCGCGGUUUGUGAUCGGAAUAUGAAUUUCGUUUAUACGCUGCCUGGUUGGGAAGGAUCCGCAGCGGAUUCACGAAUAUUGCGUGAUGCCUUGACACGAGAGAACGGGCUGAGGGUACCUAAAGGAAGUUAUUAUCUAUGCGACAACGGAUACGCCAAUAGCGAGGGAUUCCUUACUCCGUAUAAGGGGAUCCGUUAUCACCUAAAGGAAUGGGGACCGAACACAGCCCGCCCCCAAAAUGCAAAGGAACUGUUCAAUUUGCGACACGCGAAGGCUCGAAACGUUAUUGAACGUGCUUUCGGAGUCAUGAAGAUGCGUUGGGGGAUUCUGAGAAGCGCCACCUUUUAUCCUAUUAAAACCCAAAACCGUCUAAUCAUGUCGUGUUUUAUUUUGCAUAAUUUCAUCCGCCGGGAGAUGCCUAACGAUCCGUUGGAGCAAGAAUUUGACAAUGCUGCUGCGAACAAUGAUUACAAUGUCGAAGGAGAUAGUGAAUUUAUUGAUGGGAUAGAGGCUUCUCCUCUUUGGAAUGCUGAGAGAGACACAAUUGCCCAAGCGAUGUGGCUUAAUUAUAUAAACAAUACUUGAAUCGGUUUGUGUCAGUGAUGUGUUUAGACGGUUAUACUUGAUAUAUUCUGUGUAUAUUGCUGCUGUUUUUGGAUGUGAAGACUAGUUCGACUGUAUUGAUAUCCAAUUAAGUUUGCUGUGUAGAUGAUAUCUAGUUAAUUUGAUGGAUAGUGGGCUGUCCAGAAUCUUGUUUGUAAACUGAUUGUGGUUGGUGGAUUGCUGUAUUUGAUGCUUGCUUUCAAUUUAUACUUGAUCUCGCACGAUGUAUGAACUCUAGUGGAACCAAAUUGAUUGCUUGUUAUAAAUUCUUGUUGCAUAAUUGAUAGCUAAUAGAUGCAUGUUGGUUGGAAUGUGGAACUUAUAUCUAAUAUACUUCUCAGGUCAUG